UUGUGUCAUCAUAACCUGGUCACAUUGCUGUGUACAAAACGUGUUGCGGCAAUAUUUACCAAAAUAACUGAAAGAUGGUUGAGCUGGACGGCUACACAGUGGUUCCCCUGCGGACGGCGCCCGACGUCCAACAUUGCCACAGCAUAUACAUGCGGGAGCACUUCAUUCGCCUGAUGGACCCCAACAAACCAAAGGGUCGCACGCUUUUCCUGCUUAACGUUCCUCCUUAUGUGACCGAGAAGAGCCUAAAGACGUUCUUUAGCCAGGUGGGCACCAUAGAAGCCGUAGAGUUCGCCGCCAAACCCGGCAAGGAGGAGACUAUCAAAUGGUAUGAAGGCGCACAGGAACCCUUCUCCACCACACGGCCGCCCUUCGUCUUCAAGGUGGCGUACGUGGUGUUCGAGAAGAGCAGCAGCAUUGGCAAGGCGCUGGCCCUAAAAAGCAUCGACCUAUUCAAAAGUAGCGGCGAGUGUACCAUCAAAUCUGGCAUGGAGCUGUGGCACGAGGACUACGAGAAACGAUUCCUGCUUAACGCCGAAAAAACGAAGGCGCAGAUCCGGAAGUACAUGAUCGCGUACGACAAAAGAGAACGGGUAGCAGCUGAAGCAGCCAAAAACAGUGAGGCCGAUGCCGACGGGUGGGUGACCGUCGGAAAGGAUGGCCGGAACGCCGGCUUCGAGCAGAAGGAGUCGGUGAUCAAUCGCGUGGAACGCAAAUUGGCGUCGGACAAGAAGACCAAGGAGCUGAAAAACUUCUACACCUUCCAGAUUCGCGAGAGUAAGAUGCAGAACAUCGUCGAGAUGCGCAAGAAGUUCGAGGAGGACAAGCGAAAGAUCGAGCUGCUGAAGCAGUCGCGUCGCUUCAAACCAUUUUAGACCAUACUCUUAGGAUUAAAUCGAAUAAAACUUCUUUAUGAUACACUCACGAAACACCCGAGCCGGUUGACUUGACCGGCAGUAAAUCCUCAUAAAUUCGGUGGUGCCAUUGACACUUUUGCCGCGACCAAGCCUGGCCUGGACUGGCCGGGCCAAAAAUUCACAGCCAAUGCCAUAACUUAUAACUGGUCGCAGUCAGAGGCGGCCAUAAAAGCGCAUAAAAAGCGAACAAAAAGAAAGCCAAAUUGACGGUGGGGAAAGGAAGAAGACGGCCAACAACAACCGCUGAGCUUAUUGUGUGAUAAUCGUGUAUGGUUUAUGUUAAUUUGGGAAAUGAUAAAAAUAUUUCGCUUAUCAGUUUUAAUCAUCAUAAUCGUCGCUGUGCCGUCGUCGCAGCUUACGGCUUGCGACGAUCUCCGCAACUCGUCCAGUCUACGCACAGCACGCGAUCCCCCGACCCCAAUUUGAUGUAUGCAUUUCAGAUAAGGUCCAGGGGUGGAUUAGGUGGGGAUAUUAAAAAAAAAGUAUAUUCAAAACAUAUAAUUUUUAUGGAUUGUGAACAAAUUGUACAUUUUUAAAAGCUAUACCUCUAACUAAACUAUAGUUUAAGUAAAAAUAUUCAAUGGUUUAUGAAUAAGUAGUACCAUAAAUUAUA